AUGUCUCACGGCAAACAGUUCACUCUUUUCUCUCACAAGAGAGGCCCGAACGGAUGGAAGGUCGCCUUGGUCCUUGAGGAACUUGGCUUGACCUACGAGUCGGUAUAUCUCGACUUCCAGAAGAGCGAACAGAAGGCUCCCGAGUUCAUCAAGUACAACCCGAACGGGCGUAUCCCUGCGCUGAUUGACCACAGCAACAGUGACUUCAUCGUCUGGGAGUCCAAUGCUAUCAUGCAGUACAUUGUCGACAAGUACGACAAGGAGCACAAGCUGUCGAUCGCGCCUGGCACUGACGAGUACUACACUCAGCUCCAAUGGCUCUAUUUCCAGGCAUCUGGCCAAGGCCCGUACUUUGGCCAGGCCGGCUGGUUCACGUUCUACCACCCGGAGAAGGUCCCGAGCGCGAUAGAGCGGUACAAGAACGAGAUUAAGCGUGUUUUUGGUGUCCUGGAGAGCGUGCUGUCGACGCGGGAAUGGCUCGUCGACGGCAGACUAACCGUCGCGGACCUUUCCCUUGUACCGUGGAAUCACCUUACUACUCCGCAUCUCGAGGACGUUGACUUUGAGAAGGAGUUCCCAGCCACCGCCAAAUGGCAUAACAAGCUCCUCAAGCGCCCAGCCGUCGAGAAGGUGCCAUCAGAGACUGUGCCGUCGAUUGUACAGCCGGCCCUGAAGAUUAUGGAGUUUUUCCGCUCUCUUGUCCGCCCGGCUGCUGCGCGGGACGGAGCAGGGGCUGCUGGCGCUGAGGGGCCUAUGGGUCUCGCGUACGAGACUGCAGCGCUCUCGCGCUCGAGCCCUACGAUGCGCGAGCUCCAACCUAUGUCGGCGGAACAUGCGCGCGCGUGGGUACGCUUCUGGAAGGCGAAGGGGUUCAUUGCGUAAGUGAGGGGUGAGGCAGGUGCAUAGGGAUGGCCCCUCAGUACUCAGUAAUGAUGAGUAAUGAUGUUGAGACGUUGAGAAUCAAGAUCAGAGAAUAUAUGGAGACUU